UGAAGAAGAACCUUAGUAUUAUGCGGAAAACAAUCGUUGUUCACUUAUACUUACUCUACGGUGUUGACUUUAUAGCCAUAAAAUUACGAAAAUUUUGUUCAACGCUCCAUUCUUCAGUAAAUAUCUCUAAAACACCCAUAUAAAUUUUCACAUUCACCAUUUUUUAUUAUCCUUCCCAUUUAAAGCACAUUUUAUUUUUCAUCAACACUCAAAAACAAAAAAAAUCAAUUUUUACUUCACUUUUUAAUAAUAAUGGACGCCCUUUUUGCAAAGGGAAAGGAAUUUCUCAGUUCCAAAGAUGACAAAGAAACUUCCGACCACCGUGACAAAGAAACUGCCGAUGAUGAUCACCGUGAAAAGAGAACUUCCGGCCACCGUGGUGGUGGCGCCAAGACCGCCGCACACAAUGACGACACAGAAACUUCCGAUGACCACCGUGAAAAGAAAACCUCCGGCCCGCGUGCAGGUGGCAAGACCGCCGCCGGAAGCGGCGGUGCCGCUGCUCAUAAUCCCAAUGAGCACAAAAAGCCAACAAAUUCUGAGCUGAUGGCUAGCGCAAAGCUGAUAGCUGAUGCCGCACAAUCCAAAUUAGGUGGCGGUGACGGCGCACAAAAAGAAUUCGACAAUGCAAAGCUUGCCGGAGCUGCCGCUGACAUUCUUAGCGCCGCCUCACACUAUGGGAAAUUUGGGGAAGAAGGAAUUGGAAAGUAUAUCGGACAAGCUGAAGAUUAUCUCCACGGUUAUGAGCUCAAAAAUUCCAAAGGCAACAAAGCUGCUGGCACCGGAACCGGCACCGGCACUGGUCCCGCAUCCAAAAAGGGUUCCGGUACUGCAGCAAACAAGGGCUUGUCGGAGCAUCGCCCAAAGGGCGAUGACGACAAUUCCAGAGAUGAUGAUGAUGGGCACGGAGAGCAUAAACGGAUGCCGAAGAAACCAUCUGGUGGCCAUGAACGUUCAGAGGAAGGUGAUCGUGAUCAUUCUGGAGGUGAACAUGGCGAACAUAUGAAGAAAGCUGAAGGGAGGUUGAAGAAGAAAUUUGGUGACAACUACGAACAUGAACGUUUAGAGGAUGAUGAUGAUCAUGCUGCAGUAGGGCACGACGAACAUAGGACUAAGGGAAAAGGAAUGUCCAAGAAACAAUCUGGUGGUGACCAUCAUGGGCAUGAACGUUCAGAGGAAGUUGAUGAUGAUGAUCACGCCGGAGGCGGGCACGGCGAACAUAUGAAAAAAGCUGAAGGGAGGUUGAAGAAAAAAUUUGGUGACAACUCCGAACAUGAACGUUCAGAAGAAGAUGAUGAUCGUUCUGGAGGUGGCUAUGGUGAGUAUCUCAAGAAAGCUCAAGGAAUGCUUAAGAAAAAGUCCGGUGACGACGAUGGUUCAGAGAAAGGUGAUGGCGAAUCCGGUGGAGGGUACGGCGAGUAUUUGAAAAAAGCUCAAGGAAUGCUUAAGAAAAAGUCCGGUGACGAAGAUGGUCCGGAGAAGGAUGAUGGAGAUUCCGGAGGUGGGUUCGGCGGUGUCAUGAAAAUGGCUCAAGGUAUGUUUAAAAAAGAUUCCGACGACGGCGACCGUAGCCCCACCAGAGAUUCUACGGAUAGGUGAGAAAAAAGGAGACUUCUUAAAGAUGGCUGGAAGUUUCUUCAAGUAAUUAUAAGAAUUAAAAAGCAUUUGAUCAAUUCUUUCGUUUCUCUUUCUAAAGUAUUAGGAUUAUUACGUAUAAUCUAUUUUCUCAGUAUCCCACUUUGUGAUAUUAUAGUGAGUUUGUUGUUGUUGUAACUAUAUAUAGUUCUAUUUCAAUUGUAAUAACGGACAACAUGUAUCGGGUAGCUCGAAGCUGCCAUGCAAUAAUACAUGUCAAGUAGAAUAGAUCAAUGUACAAUUUUUGAUUAGAUUCAAGUUUUUUUUGGGGUGUAAACUUAAAUAAAUUAACUAUCUCACACUUUUUAAUUUCA